CUUGAUCUUGUCCUAGCCAAUAGCUAGCUACGUUUGUCUGCCCAGUAGCCUUUUCUAGCUAGCUAGCUAGGAGGGAAAAGACCACCUCACCACCAUGGCUGUGCUAGUGCUACCCAAGUGCCUUCUUCUGUUCUCCCUCUGCGCAGUGCUCCUCUCUCUGCCGGGCACCGGCGCCUCCGCCGUGAACUUCACCAUCGGCGUGCAGGGCAUGGUCUGGUGCAAGACCUGCAGGUACAUCGGCUACAACGCCGACAUGGACGCCUCCCCGCUCCAAGGCGUGGAGGUGUACCUGCAGUGCCGGCACGGCCCGCGGCGGCUGAAGAAGUUGCCAGGGGCAUCGGGGCAGGGCGGCUACUUCACCGUCCAGUCGGCGCACAUGGCGUCCUUCACCAACGACGAGUGCAAGGUGUACGUGGAGAGCUCGUCGUCAACCGCGUGCGACCUCGCCGACGAACCUGCUGCCGGCGAGGGGCUGCCGCUCAAGUUCAAGACCUUCGUCCAGCGCGGCGACGGGCUGCAGGCGCUCUACUCCGUCGGCAACUUCUUCGUCCGCCCCAGCGACCCCAACAACUGCUACUGAUCCUUCCGCCCGUCAUGUGCUCGUAGGACUUGAAUAAACGAAAUUUGGAUUAAUCAGCUGUUGGAGAUGCUUUAGUAAUUAGCUGGGGAUGUGCUGUGCUGCAAGGUUUAUUUAAAUUUAUUCUCUUGUUGCAGUGGUUUCCUAAACUUCUUUUAAUUACCAACAACUGCAUGCUCGGAACACUACAGGAAAAACGUAUGUUAACUAUUUUGAUGAUC